AUAUAAACAUUAGCAAAGCUGCAUGCUUAUGAAUCAGAACUGUGUCUGGAUGCCAAUGAAGAACCACUCUCUCCUCACUCUAUCUUUCUCUCUAUCUGACCACACUUCUGUUGCCAGCUGGCUCCCACUUCUCCUGCGCUCAGUCACCAACGCUCAGGCCAUUCUACCCUCCUCAUCCUCUAGACGCAUGUGAUCACAGUGCUGGCGGGGAUAGGAUAUGGCUCUGACACUGGCAUAUGAUGAUGAUGUAAAGACGGCAGCUCAUCCAGACUGUGACAGCGAAGUCUGAACAGUGGACAGAGUCAGAGUUCCCCUCAACACACUCCUACGGAAGAUGAUGAGCCAGGAUGAGUCAAAAUCACGCCCAAUGCAGGAGCUGCGGGAGAAGCUGCAGCCGGAGGUGGCCGAGCUGAUCAAACAGCAGAGACUGAACCGACUGUGUGAAGGCACCUGCUUCAGAAAGAUCAGCACCCGCCGCAGACAAGAUAAAUUUUGGUAUUGCCGUCUGUCGCCGAACCACAAAGUACUGCACUAUGGAGAUGUGGAGGAGUUCUUACAAGGGCAGAUACCCCAUGACUCUCUACCGGAGAAAUUAGCAGUAGCAGAUAUCAAGGCACUGAUAACUGGGAAAGACUGCCCUCAUAUAAAGGAGAAAGGAGCACUAAAGCAGAAUAAGGAGGUGCCAGAGCUGGCUUUCUCUGUCCUAUAUGAAUCGGACGAAUAUUUGAAUUUCAUCGCUCCUGACAAGCAUGAGUACUGCAUCUGGACUGACGGCUUGAACGCGCUUUUGGGAAAAGAGAUGACAAGCGAUCUCACCAAGUCAGACAUGGACACUCUGGUUACGAUGGAGAUAAAGCUCCGCCUACUGGACCUUGAGAACAUUCAGGUCCCAGAAGUCCCUCCUCCCAUCCCCAAAGAGCCAAGUAAUUAUGACUUUGUUUACGACUACACCCAGCACACCCAGCAGCAGACUUGAGAGUGGGCUAAAGCGUUUCUGUAGCAUUUCUCUUCAUUCUCUACGAAACUCUGGUCUGGGGACAGCAAGACAACAAGCUAUAGUGUCUCCAUUUCAUGGCAUAUCUAAAGGAUUUGGCUUGAAUGCCAUGAUUGACUCCUGAACCUUCUCAAAGAUUGUGAUUAGAAUGUGUUGGCUUAGUUUGUUUUCUUGAAAGAACAUCCCCUGUUUUAUGGGUCAUUCUCCAUUUAGAGUGGGAAUUCAGGUGGAUACACAUUUUAAAAAUCUUAAUAUGUCCAUUAACAUCAAGUGCAAAAAGCAGAGCUUAAUUCCAAACAUAUUUUACAGUCAGUGGUGUUGUAUGAAUACGGUGUAACACCAUUAACUGUGAUACCAAUGACAUUUUGGUAAAAUUUAGGAUUUCGUAAAUUCGCUGACUCAUUGGUGGUCAGGUGACCUUGUGGAUUUAAAAUCAGUAAUAAAAAUGCUAAUAUGGCAUUAUUUUAACACAAUUUUCAUUAUGCAGCUUUUAAAACACAACACCCGUGAAAUUAUAAACAAAAUGAUUAAUAAAAAAAAUUGAUUAAUAAAUUAAAUAUAGUGAGCGAGUGUGACUCGCCUUCUCAUGCUGUGAGAUGCUUCCUCUCUGAUGAGCCUCGACCCAAGGAAGCAGUUUAAUAGAGUUGAAAAUACUAAAUUAUGAGUCCUGGUCACACCAGUGACCAAAAUCUCUACGACAAAUUUUUUUUUUUUAAAUAAAAUACAAAUUUUUAUAAAUAUAGCAUAACAUUAAUGAUAUAAAACGUAAACAUUAAUCUGUUCUAUACAAAUUCCUAACUAAAACCUUUAAAAAUAUAUAUUGUUUUACAUUAAAAAUGGUUUCGCACAUGUUGAAAACUGGGCCUAGGUCAACUGUGUAAAUGUACAUACUUUUUUUUUUUUUUGCUCUCUGCCUAAUAUUUUAAGCGAACUUUUAGGCCCUGCCGCCUUUGUGACAUGGUUUCCCAUUGCAAAUGGAGGACGACUCAUAUGUUAUGUAAAGGUAUAGAUCUCAACAAGAGGAUCUCUCAAGUUGGAGAAGCUGCCACAUUUAUUUGCACAGCUAAUAAAUAUCCCUUUUGUUGAACACUCCAAAAGACAUGUGGUGCAACUCUUUUUAAUGUUCAUGUUGUAAUUAAAAUUGUUAAUAUAUAA